AUUUAUCCCCGUGGUAACUUUUAUGAGUCUCUAGCCUCAAAUUUCGACGGACAUGCGGAUCGAUAGGCCCCACUUUCAUGGUUUGUGACCAUACUGAAGAUCAAAAUCAAGAGGACUUUUACCCUUUUGUUCUACUGGAGAUGUUUCUGUUCUCCGUGAGUCAGUCCCCUACCAUGUAUUAGCGGCCGCAAGCUUUGUACCAUCUCAAUGGUGGAACUGAGUCCCCACGAUCUGAUCAUCAGCUUCGGAAAUACGCGGUUAUUAGUCCCGUUCUUAUGGAGAUAACACCCGUGAUCAGCUUCGCAGGUUACUUUCUUCAUUUCCCCUCUUCAACGAGUUCGACAGGCUGGUCAUUGGUUCUGAUGCCUAGUUUUUAUCCUGGUUCCUAUGUUUGGUUCUUAUUCUGGUUCUUAUGCCGGAUUUCUGUAACCCGUGUUAUUAAGUUGAUAACCGGGGUUUUCCUUGCACGGACAAGGUCUGUUCAAAUAAGGUACACAAGCAUACAAUGAAACUCCAUCAGCGUGCUUACACAACUCUCAUCUCCAGUAGCCGGGCAGCGAUACUAUAGACUGCAAUAGCCAUCCGUCUUACAUUGAAGCCGAACCACAGACUUCAGAUUCCAUGGGACAACACGACUAGUACUAAACAUGCGACUCCCACCAACCAGGUCACGAUGCAUUAGUGGAAUGCUUGGCAUGACUGACAGCUUUCAGUUAUCGGCGAUGUGGAUUGCAGUGGGGACACAAGCGCCUAGAACCUUACCCCAACGCACCAAGCAUCGCGCGUGCUUUGAAAUCCCUGAGGAUUAGAGUGUCAAGGCGGUGCUAGUGCCCGCGCAACGUGAGAUCCGUAUCCGCAGUUUUUUUCCAGAACGGAAUGGUCAAGGAACGGGGUCCGUGAAGGGUCCGUCCCGCUCGUGACUGAAGCUUGGGUGGCAUGACCCUUUGACCCUUGGAAAAAAUCUAUAGAGUAACGGUCCAUGUAUAGUCGUUAGGCCAGC